UUAUUUUUCCAAGUCUUCCAGUUACCAUAACAGUGACGACUCGUGCAGCGUGAGUUUGUCACCUUCUUGUUGUUCUGUAGAAGAAAUAGCUACUACCGUUAAUAUGGCGACAAGACGAACAAAACGCGAAGCUGUUGUGAAGUUGCCGAAGUUGGAAAUGACCCCUGUGGACCUCGAGGGAGCGGUCCGAAGAUCAUCACGAAAGGCCUUUGGACCUAAACGCCUCAUGUACUCUCCUGAAGGCAACACAGCUGAAAAACCGGAGAAGAAAAGGAGAACAAACACACACGAUGACGAAAAGACCCAUAACAGAAAAGACAUCAAGGAGGAGGAGGAGGAUGUUCAAAGUAGUGAUGUGGAGCAUACACCUGAUGAACGUGGAGGACUUUCAGCAUAUGAACUGGAGCGACUGGAGAACAUCAGACAGAACCAAGCGUUCCUGUCCUCUAUCAACUUAUUCCAGGUAACGGAGGAGCUGAAGCAGUUGACACGGCCAAAGCCAUCGCAGAGGGGUCUCAUGAGGUCACAGGCUGCUGUAAAAGAAGUGCUGCCAGCUCGCAAAUCCCUUCGUCUCCAAAAUAAAGAAGCAGAGAUCUUGACACUUCCCCCUGAACCCAGAGGGAUGCUGAUCCAUGAACAGUCUUCACCACUGAAGAAGCCUCCUGGCCCUCUGCCCAUGAAUCCAAUCAACAUGGAAGAGGGAAGCAAGCUGCCUUCACAACUUCUUGAGCUCUGGUCCGAGGAUUCAAAAGACAGAAAGGUGGAACUUGAUCUGAAAGGGUACCGCUCAGCCCUUAAGAACAUGAGGAUAACUGAGGACCGAGUGGCCAAAGUGGUGAAGGACCGCAUCUUCUCUGCUGCCUUCCACCCCUGCACCAGCAGCCUGCUAAUGGCUGCAGGAGACAAGUGGGGAAAAGUUGGACUCUGGAAGCUGGGUGGUGAUUGGGACGAUGAUGGUGUGCUGCUCUUUGAGCCCCACACUCGUCCAGUGGGCUGCAUGGCGUUCUCCACAGCUCAUCCCACCCACCUGCUGAGCCUCAGCUAUGACGGCUCUCUACGCUGCAUGGAUGUAGAGAAGGCUGUCUUUGAUGAUGUGUAUGACAUCGACGAUGGCCUGAAAACGUUUGACUUCAUGUCACAUGACUGUUCCACAUUAGUGGUUGGGAACUGGUAUGGAGAAGUUGCUAUGGUGGAUAGACGCACCUCAGGGAAUUCACACGAGUCCCUCCACCGGUUGGACCCCAAGACUCUGCGUUGUGUUAGUGUCCACCCUUUACAGAGGCAGUACUUUGCUGUGGCAGAAAGCAAGGUAGUGCGUAUUUAUGACAGCAGAUGCCUGAAGAAGACCAACAGCCAGGCAGUCUCCCAGCUGCAUGGCCACUCUUUAAGCAUAUCCAGCGCUUAUUUCUCCCCUUGUACAGGGAACAGGGUCCUCACCUCCUGUAUGGAUGACAACAUAAGGAUAUACGACACAUCUGCAAUGACUACUAAAGCUCCCUUGCUGACAUCCAUCAGACAUGACAUGCACACCGGGCGCUGGCUGACCAAACUAUCUGCUGUGUGGGACCCCAAACGGGAAGAUUGUUUUGUGGUGGGAAGCAUGUCGAGGCCUCGGAGGGUUCAAGUGUUCCACGAAAACGGCCAGCUGCAGCACUCCUUCACAGAUGGCGAGCACCUUAACACCGUGCUGUCCGUCACAGCUUUCCACCCCACCAGGAACGCCUUACUGGGCGGCAAUGCGUCAGGGCGCCUGCACGUGUUCUCUGACUGAGUUGAAGACCAGCAUGACCAAGACUGGGUGCUUUCAGUCAGAUAGGAAGGAAGUAGUUUUGUCACAGUGAAGGUGUCCAACUCGCACAGUGUACUUGGAUAUCUCACUGUUACAAUCUUCUCUUGCUUGUUCUCCCCUCUGGAUCUCUGUAGAGUUUUAAUACAGUAUUGUUCCAAUUCUCACACUAUAGCUAAGUAACACACCUGUAAUGUAAUGAAAUACCACCCUUACAAUCCUACAAUGUGCAACAAUAACGCCUGAUUUCUCAACAGUAUGUUCAAUAUCAUAAUGCCAUGAAUACAAACACAUCAUUACCAUCAGUAAAAGUUCAACAAUGUGUUUCAUGCCCACUUUGUAGGAAAUUCACAUGCUCACAGUCACAUGUUACAAGCUCAGAGCUACCUGGUAACCACAGUCUUGUACAUGUAGCUAUGAUGCAUCUCCACUGGAUUAUAUACGUACACAUACACCUAAAGAAGGUGUUGUGCUUUGAUUUGAAUAACUUUCCUGUUAAACAUGUUAGAGGGUGUGGACUAUACAAGGGCAGUUGCUACAAUAUACACAAGAGGCCCAUAAAGGAGUCAGUUUAGAUGUCAUGCAGGUGUUUGUUUCCAUUUUUGUAUGUUUUGCUAAUAAACUGUUUUCUCUAUG